CCCGGGAAGAGCGGCCGGUGACGGUUUUGCGGAAGGGGCGCGGUUAGCUGUCACCGCGGCGCGCUCCCGUGUUUGCCAGGGCUGCCCCCGCUUUCGUAAAGCGCCGGAUUUUGGUAAACUUUGGGCGAAAUGUUAAGCACUCUGGGCGGCGGCGGAGGAAAGCCUGCUAAACCGUCGUUUGUCUCCUAUGUAACUCCAGAGGAAAUAAAUCAAACUGAGAAAGAAUGCUCAAGAAAGGAGAAACAUCCUGAUUUGUUGCCAGGAGAGGUGAUCUUCUGCAGUGCAGGGCCCGUUCUGAAGAGCAUAAAGGAUGAUCUCUUCCAGCGGGUGGUUUACGGCACGCUGCUCUGCACCAACUUCCGGGUCUCGUUCAUUAGUGACGAGGCUCCUUCAGAUGAGGAGGCGGCCCAGCUAUUCAAGAAUAAGCUGUAUGGAGAGAACGACAUUCCUCUGACGUGUGUCGAUCACAUCUACGGAGGUUUCGAUGACAAAAAGAAGCUUAUAAUAAGUGGCUUUGUGAAGAACAAGUACCCCUCCAAGAUCAUCGUCUGCUGCAAGGAUCUGAGACUCUUCCACUUUUCCUUGGCUUAUGCCAAAGAGGAGGACGCCAAAAAGAUUUUUCAAGGGAUUGUCUACCAUUGCCUUGAGCCCAAAUCACUGAAAUGCGUGUUUGCCUUCUCCUAUGGUGAAAAGACGCUUUUGAAUAAGGAGAACCAAACGAAACCAAAGACUGUAAUGUUUGACACCUCAGAGGACUGGGCCCAGGAGAUAAAACGCACCAAAGGCAAUUGUAAGCUGAUUUCAAAUAAUGCAGAUUUCAGCAUCUCUGCGAAGCUGCCGCAGUUUUUCAUUGUCCCCACACAUGUUACCCAGGAGGAUUUAACAAAAUUCGACGGGAAAGGGAUCCCGAUUUGGUGCUGGUCCCAUCACAGUGGAUGUGCUUUGUUCAAAACGGCCUCGUUGCCACUCAUGCAAGAAGAUGCCAGCUCCCAGUUAUACAAAAGCUAUAUGGAAGGGAUGCUGAACGCCGUGGCGCAGACUCACCUGUACUCCGUGAAGACGGAGGAGCUGUCUGACUCUCUCCCGACAGUCCAGGACAUCCAGCAGUCCUACAGCAAGUUCAAACAGUUCUUCCUGCUUGAUAAUACUAAUGAUUUCUGGAUGACCGACGUGAAGUGGUUCUCCUCGCUGGAGGGCUCCUGCUGGCUGGACAUUAUCAGGCAGUGCCUGGCCAAGGCCGUGGAGGUGGUCGAGUGCCUGGAGAAGGAGAACACCAAUGUUCUGAUAAUGGAGGAAGAGGGUUCGGACCUCUGCUGCGUCAUAUCCAGUCUGGUCCAGCUGAUGUUCGACCCGUACUACAGGACUCUUGGUGGCUUCCAGAGCCUGAUCCAGAAGGAGUGGGUCAUGGGCGGCCAUCGCUUUCUGGACCGCUGCAACCAUCUGCACCUCAAGGACAAGGAGCAGUCCCAGGCCCCCGUCUUCCUGCUCUUUCUGGAGUCCGUCUGGCAGCUCCAGCAGCAGUACCCCCCCGCUUUCCAGUUCUCCGAGACGUACCUGACGGUGCUCUCCGACAGCAUCGACGUCUCCGUCUUCAGCACCUUCCUCUUCAACUCCCCCCACCACAUGGCCUCCAUCGCCAAGGCCAUGUUGGAGCCGGGACAAAGGAGCCCAGUGAACUGGCCGACGGUUUGGGACUGGUCUGUGCAGUUCGACAGCAGAGCCCAGGAUUUCUUCAUUAAUCCACUGUAUAUGGAACGCAGCAGACAGGACAAGGCUCCAAGGAAAAUGCCUCGUCCCAAGCAUCAGCGGCACCAGUCCCUGCCCAGUUCGGCUUUCAAGUUCUCCCCGUCUGCCAAGAAAGGCUUCUUGAAGGACGAGACCGACAGCCUGAAGAAGAUGCUGAGGGUGAAGCGGCUGAGCCGCUGGAUGAACUCACCGGACUCCGCCCAGGCGUCCACCCGGGAAUUCUUUGUGGCCUGGCAGCGCAGGCCGCUGGACUACCACGGGCUACUUCUGCCCUGCCUCGAGGGGCCCACCCUGCGCCUCUGGAGCCAGAGGUACCUGCGCUGGAUCCCCGAGGCUCAGAUCUUUGGCGGCGGCUCCAUCACCAUCUUGAAGAAGCUCGCCGACCUGUUGGCAGAGGUGCAGGACCUGCGCGGCAACCUGGACCGGCAGGCGUGCAGGGCAGACUUCAACCACCAGGGGGUGGUGGCGCGCGCUAAGUCUUCCAUCCAGCUCUCCUCCGCGUUUCCCUUCACGAUGCCCCGAAGCAGGUCAUUUAAGCCUGCCAUCCCCAUCGGGCCACUGCACAGCCUGAUUACGGACAGCCUGGCUGACCAAGAGGACGAGGAGAAUCUGGGUAUUGUUUGAGGACAAUGGCAUUGGCCACAGUCGACCGAGAACUGAGUCCUCACUGGAGGUGGUUGUUGGUUCUGAUGCAUUGUGCCUAAUAUUUUUAAUCCUUGAUGGUUAGACACCUUGUGUCAAACUGUUUGCCUAACAUCUUGGGACUAUUUUUGCGGGUAAUUAUUUGCCUGGAUGCACAAAAACUUAACAUUAAUGUACUAGUACGUAGAUGAGGUCAGCAGAACAUGAUUUGUUUGAUUUGCUUUUUCUUAUUUUGAGAGGGGUCAGUUUUUGUCAUGUUUACCUGAGCUGGAAUAUGGUCUCUGUAGUAACGACAUGAGAGAGGAGGCGUUGAACACUGGUCUGUGGGAUUUCCAUGUGCAGCUUAUCACGGUGUCCAUAAACAAAUAGAUUCACUGACAGGGCUCCUGUCAGGUCUGCCAUUGACUCCCCAUAUGGCUUCGCUUUGGAAGUAAUAAAUCUUAAGUAAAUAUAACCAGCAGACCAUUUGAUGAGCAUGGUUUGUCACUGCUUCCCUGAUACAUACACAUUACCUGAGCACCAGGAAGCAGGUUAGCAUUAAGCAUUUUUUGUUUAAUUACACAGUUUUCAGGAGCAUUAAGCUUAUGGAAGUUUUACUUACACAAAAAUAUUCUGCAAGCAGAAGGAAAAAUGAUUAAGUCAGAGAUAAUCAGAUUGUAGAGGAGGUGGGUCCAAGCAUCUCGAGGAGGCAGGACCAAG